AUGAAAUUGCACGAAAAUAAAGCACUGCCUUGGUGUAACCUAACAAGAUUUCUGGCCGUGAAAACAUGCAACGUGUAUUCUACUAAAUGUUUAAUGCGAGAAUGUGAAGAUUGUAAGAAUAAGAACGUGGAAUAUUAUCUUCCACAACCAAACAGAAUGGUGACCUAUCAUCAAUGGCAGUAUGAAACUACUUCUUACGAGAAGGAUGGAAAGAUGAAGACGGUACGAAAAUCUGCCAAAAAAGAGAUCAAGAUCCCAAUACGAAAACUGGUGCAACAGUUAGAAGAGACGAUGCCUCUCGUUUGUAAACAUGUUGCCACAAUAACGCAUCAGUAUCAGAUGAUUGCAGAACUUAAAAGGAAAUUGACACAGAAUGAAGUUCUUAUUCACAUAGACUUCAGUGAAAAUUAUUACUGCAAAUACUACGAAGAGAUGCAGACAGUACAUUUUGGAGGAGCAAGACAACAAGUCACACUUCACACAGGAGUAUUAUAUUUGCGUGACAAUGAUGCUCUCAGAAUCCAAACUUUUUGCUUUCUUUCUGACACCAACAGACAUGAUACUGUGGCGGUAUGGGCGCACUUGGUACCAGAUUUUGAAUGGCUUAAAAAUCAGAAAAUAAACAUUAACAGAAUCCAUAUGCUAAGCGACAGCCCCGUUAACCAGUACAAGAACAAAUUCAUGUUCCAUAUUGUAUAUCGCCAUAUAAAUGAUUUGUUUCCGGGCACAAAAUUCUUCUCAUGGAAUUAUUCAGAACCAGGUCAUGGCAAAGGUGCACCAGAUGGUGUAGGUGGCACCUUAAAAAGAAUUGCCGACAAAGCUGUUGCUGAAGGUCGAGAUAUUGUGAAUUUAAAUGCACUCAAGGAAAUUUUGUCAUCUAGAUGUCCUUCGAUAAUGCUAUUCGAGGUUAACACUGCUAAUAUUGCAGAGAUAGAAAAUUUUGUCAAACAUUCAGGCAAUAUCUCUGCAUUCCGUGGAACUCAAAAAAUUCGCCAAUUUGUUUACAAUGGUGAUGUGCUAGAAUUCAGACAGCUUUCUUGCUUUGAUUGUGUGGGAAAAUGUACUCAUUAUCAUCUGGGAUAUUACUCGUCUUCAAAUCCUUCUAUUAUAAAAAAGCCCACUAAAGUACAAACACGUACCAAGAACACUAAGCCGCAAGGACAAUCAUCAUCAUUAAAUGCUGUUAUUUCUAGUGGCUACAAUCCUGCUAUCCGGUCCGGCUAUAAGAUAGGUGAUCAUAUCAUUGUGAGGUGGGACGAACAAAAAUAUCCGGGGAUACUUAUCUCAUUUUCUGAGGAAGCCGCUUUAGUUAAGUGUAUGAAAAGAGGGACCAAAUUCUGGAAAUGGCCAGCAAUUAAGGACGAACAGUUGUAUGGAAAGAUGUUCUGCAGAAGAUCAAACCCCCGACACUGA